AUGCCAGACCUCGAGGAAAAGUCCACUGUGUUGGAGCAUCGGGAAAUCUUCGAUCAGGCGAAAGAGGCAGCAGAUGAGGAACACCAAUUGACGCUUCUCCAAGCUUUUCGCCGCUACCCAAAGGCCGUGAUCUGGUCAGUUCUCUUAUCGACAUGCAUCAUCAUGGAAGGAUACGACAUCGUCUUGAUGAAUUCCUUCUUUGCCCAGCCAGCUUUUUCUAGGAAAUAUGGAGAUUUUGACGAGAACACGAAUUCCUAUCAGGUCUCCGCUUCCUGGCAGAAUGGUUUGGGAAAUGCUGUGAGCGUUGGUACGAUCAUCGGGGCCUUCGCAAACGGUUAUUUCGUCAAUCGAUAUGGUUAUCGACCCGUCCUCAUGACUUCGCUUGUCGCUAUCUGCGCAUUCAUCUUCAUAUCCUUCUUCGCACCGAAUGCUCCAGUCUUACUUGUUGGUCAAUUCCUUUGCGGUAUUCCAUGGGGUGUCUUUGCUACCAUGGCGCCUGCAUACGCCAGCGAGGUGUGUCCGACGGCACUCAGAGGAUAUCUUACAGUCUAUGUCAAUCUUUGCUGGGCUUUAGGACAAUUGAUCUCCGCUGGCGUGCAGUCCGGCUUUUCUGACAACGCUACCCAAUGGGCAUACCGGAUACCCUUUGCCAUCCAAUGGGCUUGGCCCGUUCCUCUUUUCGCCGUUCUUUACAUGGCGCCGGAAUCCCCAUGGCAUUACGUUCGCUGUGGGAAGCUCGUCUUGGCCGAGAAGAUGGUCAAUCGUCUAUCUACGCCUUCGCAACAACAUCUAGCUAAACAGAAAGUAGCUAUGAUGGUCCACACGAACGAAUUAGAGAAAUCCCUUGAAGAAGACACCUCAUACAUACAGUGUUUCAAGGGCAUCGAUCUGCGUCGCACAGAAAUUGCAUGCAUGGCCUUCGCUGCUCAGCCCUUCUGUGGCUCUGCCAUGGGCGGCUCACCAACUUAUUUCUUCGUUCAAGCUGGGGUGCCCAACACAAUAUCGUUCAAAAUGUCUGUUGGAGGACUCGGAAUAGCCUCAAUAGGAACCAUACUGUCCUGGGUGAUUAUGACGUAUGUUGGCCGUCGCAGGCUGUACCUCUGGGGACUCGCUGGCCUCGCGAGCAUUCUUCUCAUCGUAGGAUUCAUCAGCGUUGGUGCUGGUGAUUCCCCAGCUGGUAAUUAUGCACAAGCUGGCAUGAUGAUUGGCUGGCUGUUUGUCUACUAUACAACGGUUGGCCCCAUAUGUUACGCCAUUGUUGGCGAGGUAUCUUCCACUCGCCUCCGCAGCAAGAGUGUCUGUGUUGCGCGUAUCGCCUACUAUAUCGCGCAAAUCAUUUGUAACGUCGUCAAUCCCUACAUGCUGAACCCCACUGCAGGAAACUGGAAAGGCAAGACAGGUUUCUUCUGGGGCGGAGCCGCAUCCUUCUUCUUUGUAUGGACAUAUUUCCGUCUGCCUGAGACCAAAGGGAGAACGUAUGAAGAGUUGGAUAUGCUAUUUGCAAACCGUGUUCCUGCCAGAGCAUUCAAGAAUUACGAGGUUGAUCCAUAUGCAGCUGCCGACUCAAAAGAUGAGGUUCCAGACGGUCAUUAG